AUGGAGGCGCAUAUGCGAUCCAUGACGGCCACCUUUCUCCUCGUGCUCCUCUCCCUGUCCGCAGCCGCUCCGUCAGUUCGUGGCCAGGCGGUGGCGGCCGCGCCGGCUCCAGCGGCGGCUGCCCCGAAGACGAUCAAGGCGGUGCUGACCAAGGCCGGGCAGUUCACCAAGUUCCUCCAGCUGCUGCAGUCGACGCAGGAGGAGGAGCAGAUCGACACCCAGCUCAAGGGCAAGGCCUCAUCCGGCGCCGGUCUCACCGUCUUCGCGCCGCCGGACAACGCCUUCACCGCGCUCAAGUCCGGCUCCCUCAAUUCCCUCUCCGACCAACAAAAGACGUCGCUGGUGCAGUUCCACGUGGUCUCCCAGCUGCUCCCCAUGGCGCAGUUCGACACGGUGAGCAACCCGCUGCGCACGCAGGCCGGCGACACCGGCAGGGGCAAGUACCCGCUCAACGUCACGUCCGACGGCGGCGGGAGGGUGAACAUCUCCACCGGCGUCGUCAACGCCUCCGUCGACGGCACGCUCUACACCGGCGACAGGCUGGUGGUGUACCAGGUGGACAAGGUGCUGCUUCCGUGGGCGCUCUACGGGCCGCCUGUGCCCGCGCCCGUGCCGUCGCCGGCGGCGGACAAGGACAAGAAGAAGGCCGGGCCGGUGGCGGUGGCCGACGCGCCGGAGGCCGAUACAGCCACGCCGUCCUCGGCGGCGCCCCGGGAGAUGCGGGGCCUCGGCGGCGGUCUCUGCAUGGUGGCCAUCGUCGUGGCGGCCGCGUGGUGUGGCAUGUGA